CCCUCGUCUAUCGGACCUCCUGGAAGCGGUACGGAUCCUAUGGGGAGCAUACCCGAUCUGCUGACACCCAUAUCUUUCGACUAUAAAAAUGGGUAGAGGCUUCCAGGAGGACCGAUUCCUCCUUGAAAGGAUCUCUCUCUCUCUCUCUCUCUCUCUCUCUCUCUCUCUCUCUCUCUUUCUCGCGCGCGCCUCUUUCUCACGAUCUUUUGUUCGCCGUCGCGUGGUGAUACGGUGACCUUCGAAGAUGUCUUCGCUUGCUGCUGCUCGAGCAGAUAAUUUUUAUUAUCCUCCUGAAUGGACCCCUCAAAAGGGGUCCUUGAACAAGUUUCAUGGGCAACAUGCUCUGAGGGAGAGAGCCCGAAAAAUAGACCAAGGGAUCUUGAUCAUAAGGUUCGAGAUGCCCUUCAAUAUCUGGUGUGGUGGUUGCCAUUCUAUGAUAGCCAAGGGAGUUCGUUUCAAUGCAGAGAAGAAACAAGUUGGAAAUUAUUACUCUACCAAGAUAUGGAGAUUCUCUAUGAAGUCAGCAUGUUGCAAGCAUGAGAUUGUUAUAGAGACAGACCCCAAAAACUGCGAAUAUGUUAUCAUAAGUGGAGCUGAAAAAAAGACUGAAGAGUAUGAUGUGGAGGACGCAGAAACUCUUGCCCUUCCUGGAGAUGAAGAGAAAGGAAAACUUUCAGAUCCCUUUUAUCGGCUUGAGCACCAAGAAGAAGAUUUGCUGAAGAAGAAAGAGGCUGAACCCCUAAUACUUCGCCUUCAACGUGUUUCAGAUCUCAGACAUUCCAAUGACUUUGCUCUUAACCGCACCCUUCGAGCUCAAAUUAGAGGCCAAAAGAGACGAAUUGCUGAAGAAGAAGCAGCUGCGCGGAAGAUGGGUUUGGGGAUAAGAUUGCUUCCUGUAUCUAAAGAAGAUACAGAGGUAGCAUCUCGCGUGAAAUUUGCCCCCAAGUUUGAGACGAACAGAAAGGACAAACGAGCUGCAAUAAAAGCUGCCCCCAUUUUCCCUGGGUCAUCAGCGUCUGAUUCUGCAAAGAGACGAUUAGAAUUGGAGACUAAAAGACGCAAAAUAAAGGCAACUGCAGCAUCGGCCAUGUUGGCUGGGUCAUUCAAACCAUCAUCUUGGUCACAAAGUUCUUCCAUUAUGAGCAAGCAAACCGGAAGGAUGCCGACUUUGAAGCGUGCAUGAUUACAGUAUUUAAAGACACUUCAGUUGGGGAAGCGGUACUAAUCGAGAACCAGUGACCAGAAAAGCUUGGUCUGUCAUUUAACUUGGAUGCCAAUUGGUUGCUGCCAACAUACGUCAUUCAGAAAGCCGCUGUUGCAUGUCAAGAGCGACAAACUUCCUGGAAAUUGUACAGAGGAUUUGUGAUCGUACUCUUCUUUUUCAUUUUAGGUUGUGAUUUUGGGAAGCUUCCGCACUGUGCAGUUGCCUAGCACGGCACUUCACUUCGUCCCCUGUAUAGCUUUUUCCCUUCUUUAUAUAGAAACGAGGUUCUGCAGUACCUUUGCUUCCAAAUGAGCUUUUAUUGUACGGUUUCUUGUAUCUGCUCUCAGAUCCAGAAUAAUUGCUUUUAUUGCA